AUGGCAACUUCACAAUGUACAUCUUGUGGCCUCAUUCUCCAACAUUGCCGGUGUCACCAAACAUCCACCACCGUAUCCAGCAGCUCCAUCGAUGUUACUCCAGCUUGUUGCUGUGCCUGCUACUCCAGUUUGACUAUCGUCUUCUUCUCUGUCUUUAUAUUAUUCUCAGGAAAACUAUUUGCUCGCAUACCUGGUUGUUACUUAGACCUAUUUGUCAGCUCCGUCACCGUCUCAAACUUAAACACAAACACAAACAUCUCAACGGCUGAUUGGAGAAUCGGUUUGGUUGCGACGAGUCCGGUCACCCGCUGCAAAAUAUCUUUUCGUACAAGCAAGUCACGUCUCCUGCGUGGAGAUGACGAGGUUGUCUCCGAGUCAGGUCCGUGGCUGGAUGGCUAUGGACAGCUUGUUCCCUCAGACAAUAGGGAUGAACCGGUCAUAAGCGUCGAUUUCAAAGGGGUUGCUAUGCGGGGAGAUGUCGGCAACCUGGUUAGGGGUUAUAAGGUGGAGAUUGCCGUCCUUGUGAAGAUAUAUCAUGGGCAUGGUCCCUUGAUGGUGAUGUGCGGCGAUUUACCGGUGAAAUUAACGGCUGAACCGGAGGGGAAUGUGAUUGGGUCGUUGCUUGGAAAUAUGAAACGAUGUGAAUAUGUCUUAGGAGAUAACUUGGAUACAGGGCAUGCCUUGAGAUAUUGGGACUCUCUUUGA